ACGUUUGAAAACAGCGGCGUGGUCACGAGAAGUAGCUCUAUUCCUUACAGCCGAGUCUGGCAGGAUUGUCUGUAGUGUUGGGGUUUGUAAUCAAACGAUUUCAGUCGUGAAUUGGAUUUAAAUCCAUACAGUCCAAAGAACGCAUUUGGCAACAAAAAGGGCGUUCCAAAUUUUAGCGUCACCGAAGUCAGUUACGUGUUUUUAGAGACGUUACAGAUGAGGGUGAAAGAUCCUUUGUCUUUAAAAAGUGCAGAAAUAUCAAAAAAGGCCAACAGACCAAAAAAACACAGAGAUGAAGAUUCUUCUGACGAAAUUACAGGAGUUCCUUGUCAACAUGUUAGUAGAGCAGUAGAUGUAACCUCUGUGAAAAAAGCUGUGACACAGAGUGUAUGGUCAGUCUGCUCAGAAUGCUUGAAAGAAAGAGUUAUGUGUGAUGGGGAACCUUCUGGACCAUUUGAUGUCUUGCUAUGCCUUAAGUGUGGUUUCCAGGGUUGUAACCAGUCUGAUGGUCAGCAUUCUGUGAAGCAUUUCCAGGCAGCUCAUUCUGAACCUCACUGCAUUGUUAUCAGCCUAAGCACUUGGAAAGUAUGGUGUCAUGAAUGUAAUGAAGAGUUAUCAACACACUGUAACAAAAAAGCCCUUGCCCAAAUGGUUGAUUUUCUUCAGAAGCAUUCAGCAAAAGCACCUUCAGGUUCCUCAUCUAAAAUAAUUAAAAUACGAGGAGAAACAGAAAGCAGUGAUCUCAUUAAGGGGAGAAUUCCAGUCAGUAGCACAUUGGUACCAGUGAAAGGCCUUAGUAAUUUAGGGAACACCUGCUUCUUUAAUGCAGUUAUGCAGAAUUUGGCACAGACACACUUAAUGAAUGACCUGAUUACAGAAAUAAAGGAAAAGGGAUCAAAGUUAAAAAUUUGUCCUUCAGCAGAAACUAACUUGGAUCCGUUGGUAGUGACCCUCCCCAGCCCCGAGCCAUUGACAUCAGCCAUGUUCCUAUUUCUUCACAGCAUGAAGGAAGCAGGAAAAGGACCUAUUUCUCCAAAAAUAUUAUUUAAUCAGAUGUGUCAGAAAGCACCACGCUUUAAAGGAUACCAGCAACAAGACAGUCAGGAAUUGCUUCAUUAUCUGCUGGACGCUAUGCGAGUUGAAGAAACAAAGCGUAUCAAAGCUGGCAUCCUGAAAGCUUUUAACAAUCCCACAGAAAAGACUGCAGAUGAUGACACUAAAAGGCAAGUGAAAGCAUAUGGGAAGGAAGGCGUAAAGAUGAAUUUUGUGGAUCGGAUCUUUGUUGGUGAAUUAACCAAUACAAUUAUGUGUGAAGAAUGUGAGCAUAUUUCUACUGUUAAAGAAGCUUUCAUUGAUUUGUCUCUCCCAAUUAUUGAAGAAAGGGUUUCUAAACCUGUCAAUAUGGGUAGAGCUGCAAAGACCAGUAAACUUAGUGAAAGAGAUUGUGAACACUUAACCUCAGCUACUGAAGACACUGCAUAUCCUACGUUUGCUAUUCUGCCAAAGAACACAAAAAAGCAUGGUUCUGGAAGAGAUAAGAACAAUGUGGGCAACACAAAGAAACAGGAACAAACGUUGUCUGAAGGUGAAAGAAGUGCCAAUGAAUUUAUGCAACAAAAUGUAGAAGAUGAGUCACCCCCACCACAGUCAAAAUGCAAUCCUAAUUAUGGUGAUCAAAAGAUGACUAUUAAUGGCAGUCACUCUGAAAUCAGUGAUGGAAGUAAUUUAGACAGCAGCAAUGAUGCUGAUAGUGAAGCUUCUGAAAGUGAGAGCCAUUCAAGACAAACUGUAAAUAAUAGCUGUAGUGAUGCUGUAAGUUCAGAAAACUAUAUAUCAGUAAAGAGUGACUCUGGACACAACAAAAACAAAGACCUCAAUCAUAGUGAUACUUUCACAACUGCAGUUUCCAAGCUGAGUCUGAACAACAUGAAUGAGACACACAGCCUCAGUGCAAUCCAGAAGGAACAGUCGGAUAUUACACUGGGUAGUAAGGAUUUGGUGAAAGAAAAGCCUGUGGUGUCUCAAAAUCCACAAAUUGCAUUUCAGUCCCUGUCUAGCACCUAUGUACCCUGUGCCAAAGAAUGCUCCAUCCAGUCAUGUCUGUAUCAGUUCACCUCAGUUGAACUUCUGAUGGGCAACAACAAACUACUAUGUGAGAACUGCACAGAAAAAAAACAAAAGCAUCAAAAAAAGACAUUUACUUCUGACAAAAAGGUAGAUAAUGUAUACACAAGUGCACGUAAACAGAUGCUAAUCUCUGCACUCCCGCCUGUUGUCAUUCUCCAUCUAAAACGCUUUCACCAGGCAGGCAUGACUUUGCGCAAAGUGAAUCGACAUGUGGACUUUCCUUUGGUUUUGGAUUUAGCUCCUUUCUGUUCAGCUUCAUGCAAGAAUAUUGUUGCUGGUGAGAAGGUUUUGUAUAGUCUUUAUGGUAUAGUAGAACACAGUGGUUCAAUGCGUGGUGGCCAUUACACAGCAUAUGUAAAAAUCAGGGCACCACCAAAAAAACAGGAUUACAGAAAGCAUGUUAUGGGUCUAAAAGAAGCAACUGGAGGAUUGCCAGGUCAAUGGGUCUAUGUCAGUGACACACAUGUACAAGCUGUUCCUGAAUCAAGAGUGCUCAAUUCUCAGGCCUAUCUGCUUUUUUAUGAAGAAUUAUUAUAGUUAAUGGGCUUUAGCCUGGCACAAGUGACUUUUACAAAAGCAAUAUGAUAUUGUGGUUAUGUGAGGAGGGGAAAGCAAUGUCAAAACAGAUUACUUCAUAGUACAGCUGAUUAUGAUACAUUUAAAGUACUGCCUCAGCUUGUUUGCUCUUUAAUAAUGAAAAUGAUGAUAAUUUAAGCAUAAUCAAAUAUGUUUAUAUAGUACAUAUUUUUUUCUCUGAUAGGUUAAGAACAUAUUUUUGUUGCAUGAUUAUAAAUGCCCAGUCUAGAGCAAAUAAAUAUCAUUUUUAAAACAGCAAUUGAUACACAUACAAAAAAUUUAGAAACUUAUGUCAAUUUAAAAUCAAUGGAUGAAAAUAGGAUAUGAUCUUAUCUUUUUCUCCCUGCCAAAAUGUAUACUGUUUUGAUAUAAUGUUUAUACUGAUAGAUUUGUAAUCAAAAGCCAUUAAUAUGUUUUAUUUCCUGCACUGUAUUUGAUAAAUUGUACUACUCAAUACAAAUGCAUUACAGGUCCUGUGCGGUAGCUGGCAUACACUGAUUUAUUUGCACAUUCAGUAUUAGGUAGUGUUUCAAUUGGAUAUUGCUGAAGAAAUUCUUUUUUCUUAAAAACAGCUGAACAUAUUGCACUUUAAAUUUUAAAUUUAGUUGCAAAGCUCCAAAUAUAUAUUUUUCAUUUUGUACUUUGAAAAUGCAGUGUAUAUCCUAACAGGAGCAGAUGAAGAAAACAUGCAGAUGUUCUUAUUAUAAUUUUGAGGGAAAGAAAAUACUGAUGUUCACUUGCAAUAAUCCAUAUUUUGACAUAAUUAUGCGGCAGAUAUGUUAUUUUUUUAACUUUAUUUUCAUAAAAAGUAAAUAGGAAUGUAAUGGGUGUGUUGUAACUUUAUUUUACUGUAUUUCUUAUGAUGAACAAAGGUUCAUUUAUAAGGUUUUGUCGCUAUUAGUCAUAAUUCUUUUUUUUCUUACAGUUGCAUUUGCACUUUCAAUGUAAAGAAUAAUGAUUGGUAAAACUUUCGUGGAAUGCCAUUCAUGUAUCUUAAAAAGAUAUCUAUGUAACAGAAAAUAUGAAUAAACCACAGAAUGGCUUAAAGGUUUUAUGUUUUACUGCUUGUAAAAAUAAUAGCAUCUCUACAUGCCCCAUUUAACAUUGGAAAGUUUAAUGUUAAAGGAAAGCAAACAGUGGUUUUCUGUGUAGAAAUACUACUUCUGUGUAUGGGUGAAAGUACACUUUGUUUCUAUAUAUCUCUCUUGGCUCCUGUCCAGUGUCUGCAUUUUUGUGGUAACUCUCAUUAUACACCUUUCACUAAAGAUUUACAGUCUCUUAUUGAUCCGCCAUUGAACAAACACUUAUUGACAACAUUUUCUUUUACUUUUUCUCAAAAAAGCUAUAUUCUCAGGCUUAAAAUGUAUGUUUCUUGUUUUAGAACCAAGUUAACAUUUAUAUUGAAACCACAAAAUCAAGUAGUGUGCUAUCACUGAAUUUCUAACAUUACAGAACAGUAUUCCUUUCGGAAAUUCAUUGUUGUCUAGUGCACUUCAACCAAGACCAGUCUUGUCAUAUGUCACAGUCUAGAGAUGCGAUGCAUAAUUCCACCAUGAUGGCAUAUCUUUUGAAAAAUAACCUAUGGCAUGGCUAGCAUUUAACACUGAUUACAAAAGAAAACAGUCCUACCAUAGAGCGAAUUAUAAUUAAGAAUCGAAUAAUGAUGAUGUGUGAGAUAGCAGGUAAUACACAUAUCAGUUAUGGGUCAGCUGAACCUUUUUGAAACAUAAUCAAGGUCUGUGCAUGUUGUGUGCUCCCAGAGUUGAUUCCUAAAAUGAAACAUUAGAUAUGUUGAAGAUUCAACAAAAAUUUUGACAUAAUAAAAUCCUGACUAGGAGGAAUUUAAAAGAUAAGCUGAGUUUUUCAAGUUGAAGUUAUUUUUCACAAUUAUAUAUUAAUUUGCCACAUAAAGUUGUUUUCUAAAGUGUUUUUUUUUUACAUUUUAAAAAUACUUUGUUCUUGCUGAUUGCAAUGGAGUUCAGCAUUCUUAUGUGAUAGAAAAAGCCAUAAAACUUACCAAAUACAUCCACUUUGAAGCAGCAAAGGUUUUAAUUUAAGAAAAUAUGCCUUCUGUGUUUAUGAGGCACUCUUGUAAUAACAGAGGGAAACUUGAAAUAAUUAUAUUAUGACAGAUCCUUGUCCUAUUUUCUCUUUGUCCUAUUUUUGUGUUUGCAGUGACCACAGAGUUAUGACAACCCAAUGCCGAACCACCCAUUACAAUUCUUGUUGUUAGUUUACAUCAGCAACGAAGCCAGAUGCACACUGAAUGAGACUGUGGUGAAAAGAGCACAUAGGAGUUUUAUUGUACUUUGUACAAAUAACACAUCUGAACUGAUUACGUGGUAUUUAUUGUAUAUUUAAUAAAAGCCUUAGAAGUUUUAAAGA